CCCUCUCGGGUUUCCAAAUUACUGUAAAACGUCAUUUCACUUUGACAAAUUCAGCGGUGGAUUCAGCGAAUGAGAAGCGGGAGGCCGAUCACUUUUACGACAUUACCGCGAAAUCUACCUGCUCUCGGACGAGUUUUAGGGUGAAUCACGUUUGCGCAGGUCCGAUAAGAGGCGCCGAGGCCAGAACGAUGUGCAACAACCAUGCGAGCUUUAGUUUUCACCAGGCCCUCGACGCGAAAAAGGGGUUGCUCCAGGUUCGGGACAGGUUCUGUUCACAGUUCUGUUUCCAGAGAACAAAUAUACGUCUCGUAGCGCGAACUGUUUCGUUUAACUGAGGAUUCGAUAAUGCACCCCGAUUGUAGGAGAUCGCGUUGCGGGAAUAUAUCGACGCGAAAUCGAGCAAUUAAACGAGAAUAAAAGCGUGAAAGCGGCGUUUGCAUCGUUAUUAGAAAAGGGCGGGCUGCUUUACAUUUUACUUUCAGCUUCGAAAUCGCUUCGUGCUUCGUUAAAUUCCUAUAAAUGAUGCGCGCGCUUUUAUUCGACCCGUUAGGUUCGAAUAGAUUGAAAAUUAAAUCUCGGACAGAAAAUUAAACUGCCCCUUGAAAUUUGCGAAAAAAAUUUGGUAGUGUUGGGGAGAGUUCGUCGAUGAUCGACGAUCAUUUGUUAAAUCUCUCUUAGCUGACGCUGAGUUUUCAAAAAUUCCACGAGAGAGACCACGUGAGAAGUGCACGAAUGGAGGGAAAAACUUAGCGGGUUUGUGUGUGAGGGUAAAUAUAAUCGCCAGCGCGAUUAAUGACGACUUGCGAGGUUCCUGGGGCCUGUAUGGCAACGUCCGCGGUGUCGGAUCAUCAUGAAACCGUCGAGAAAGCAUCCCCUGACGUUUCCGAGCGCAUUUCCAUGAAUGCCUGCCCGCCGAGCAGCUUUCCAGACAAGUUUCAAGAUUUCUUCGCGACCCUCACCGAGGACGGGGACGACUUACCCAGUAUGCUCGAGAACAAGCUAAUACCGAGAAAGUUGGACGGCUCGAACGUCGACGGGAAAAAUCGACGGUGGAACAAGAGAACCGUCCAGAGACGGAGCAGCGAGGUGGAAGUUCGCCCUCACCAGGGAACGUUGUCCGGAUCUCAGGGUCACAGCUGCACGGACGGACUGAAAUCGCCGAUCCCCUCCAGACGAAGAAGCUCUAGCAUCGCGGUCGCCCGACCCACGCCGGAUCUGCACAGGUUUCUGCAAGCGGAGACCGUACCUUGGGGUCAUCUGUCACCCUCGUCCAGAAGCCCAACCAGAACACCCACGAUAAGUCCCGGGGCCGUGUCUUCCACUUCGCAUCUGAGCGCGAACGCGAGUCCCAGUCCGACGAGUCCUUCCGGUCCAACUUCCGGGACUCGCGGACCCAGGCAAUAUCGCAACAGGACGAGCAGCAUGCCGGCGGUGCCCCGUCACAGGCCAAUGCUCGCCGAAACGAAACGCGGCGGCGCUCUGGGAGGCGAAGAGGGUGAAAUCGAAGACGGGGUGGAAUAUUACAGGCUACGAUCGUUCUCCAUAACGGCGAACGGGGUCUUCAACUUGGGCGAUUCGUUAAAGACACGACGUAGCAAGAGCAUUAACAGCGUCACUUCGUCGACAAGUUGCAGCAGUACUCGAGAGAGCAGAUUGCUCAGUUCGGUCUCGCAGCUCUCGGACAUGGAAACGGGGGAGGAAGGCAACGAGAGGGAGGCUACAUACAAAGUAGGCAUGUUGGGUGCGUCGGAAGUCGGAAAAACCGCCCUAACUGCGCAAUUCACUACGAGCGAGUACAUUUGCGCUUACGACGCUUCCCUCGAUGAGGAAUACGGACAAAAGAGCGUUUCCGUGAUGCUCGACGGCCAAGAAACGGAAUUGGAGAUCAUCGAUCAUCCCGCCGCGGAGAUGUCAGUCGAGACUUUUUGUUCGACGUACAAUCCAGACGUGUACGUGGUGGUGUAUUCGGUGGUGGACAGAAGAAGCUUCAAAGCCGCCGAGGAGAUGUUGCUCUAUUUGUGGAAGAGCGAUUACAUGGCUAGUCAUGGUGUCAUUUUGGUCGGUAAUAAAGUUGACCUCGAAAGAAAGCGGGAGGUUCCGUCAGUGGUCGGUCGCCGUCUGGCCAACAACUGCGGCUGCAAAUUCAUCGAGACCUCGUCCGGACUGGCCCAUCACGUGGACGAACUCCUGGUCGGGAUUCUGGCCCAGAUCAAGCUGAAUCCGCAGCGUAACCGGGACCAGGCGACCAAGCGUCGUCGGAGCAAGCACCGCAGGCGGAUCCUGCAGCACCUACUUGGCUUCAAGAGGAAAACCAAGAGCUGUGAGAAUCUCUUCGUUCUCUAACGUACCUCGUUCCUUCGCUCGUGGCGAUGAUUUCGAGGCGAGAUAUCGGAUAUCCGGCGAAAUCAUCGCCGGAUGAUCUCGCCUCGAGAACACGAUUGUCGUCUUCACAAUCGGCUCGAAAAGAAGAAAAAAAAUACGUGCGCUAUCUACGGCAAGUCUUGUCGAUCGCGCUCACGUAAACGAGAAUCUGAUAAAAGAGACCACUUCGAAUCGGCAGGUGGGAAUAUCGAGCAGGUAUUUCCCCUGGCACCGAUUGGUGCGCAGAAAGAGAAGUUCGCGAGAGAGAAUUAUAUAUAUGUAUACGUGACGAAAAUCAUCACAGGUUUUUGCACAGGAAAAUAAGAUAGGUAUCGCUUUAUCGUAUGAUUUCAAAGAGAAAUCUUUUUUUAUAUAACGUUGAAACGUGACGCGCCGGAUUAUUGAAGCAAAGAGGAUUAAUGCGCAAUUUUCUGUGUUGCGAAACGCGCAUUUGCAUGCGUAAAUAAUUUUAUGAAAGAGUAUACUGUGUGUAUGUGUGUAUUGCAUUGUAUCUCUCUCUUUCUUUCCCUCUCUCUCUCUCUCUUUCUUUUAUCGUAUAGAGGAUAAUUGUUAUUGCAUAUUUCAUCAAGAGCGAUUUUAAUGUUUGUGCCAUGAUCCAUCUCGCGCUUUUAUGCGACGCAGCAAUUCAUUACGAAGACAACGCGACGCGAAAUAAGGAUAAGCAGCGCGAGGAAGCAAUCAUCGAAUAACUGGGUGUACGAUAAAAAUUAUAUACGUGAGAUAUAUACAAAUUCUGGCGGCCAAGUUAUCGCAAAGUCACGAGAGGAAAUUUGAUUUAUCAACAGUACACGUGGCGUUUGACAAGUGGAGGCUACGCGCUGCUCAUCAUCGAUUUCUAUUGAAAUUUGCAGAAAUAUGACACGAGAUAUUGUAUCAGCGAUAUAUGUAAAACCAUUCUUUCGAACGGCCUUCAGAAGCAGAAUUAUAAAGAAUUAAAAUGUUUGUUGCAACGCUUGACUACAGAAACUGACAUUAAACGAGUAAACGUGGUUUAGCAGCGCAGCCUUCUUAAAAUUAUGUUAUGUUUUAAGUGCUCCAUUUAAUUACCAUCCACAGGAUCAACGAAACUGUCAUCGAAAAAUAUAAUUACGUACUCUGCUUUUAUGUAUUUUCUCUCUCCUCUUUU